UGUAUAAUAAAAAAUAAAGUAAAAUGGUUGGAGUAAAAUUACAAUGCUAAAAUUAAGCUGGAAAUGCUUUGCAAACUUAAAUCCCAACCCAAAUCUCAAAUUAGAACCAGAGUCUAAUUCUAUUCUCCGGCGGAAAAUCAGCAGCUGAAUCUCCUCCCCUUCUCCAUCUUCUCACAAUUUCCGAAUCAACAGACACCAAACUCUUUUUCUCAAACUCUCGCCUCCUUCGACUUCAUCGCUGCUGCUGCUGCCGCUGCCGCUGCCGCUGCCUCUCCAUCUCCGAGCUCCAGCCGCCUCGCAGCCGCUGUCACCAUCGCAACGCCCUCAGCAGCCCAUUCACGCCAGGAGAGUUUCUCCCCCUCCUCUUUAAAAUAGUUUAAUGUUUUUUUCAAAAAUAACUCGUGUUUUAAAUCCAGCCUUUGAUAUUUUAAUUUAAUGAUUGUGAUUUGAUCUCUAAUUAUACAUUAGACUUUCCUGAACUCUACGUCUUCAGUUCCAUAAGAAUAUGCAUUUUGGAUUGGGUAUGAGUUUUAACGCACAAUUGAUGAAGUAAGGGGAAUGAGUACUAGAGAAAAGAGUUUUCGGAAUUGGAAGGUGAAUAUUUUUGUGGGAUAGGCUAAGAAUGAUAGAGUACAUAUUCUUGUGGAAUAGAAUGAGUACUAUCUUUGUUUCUCAAAUAUUUUUUUUUUUAAACUACAUGAAUUUUUAAUUCAUGUAGUAAAAUAAGAGAUGAAUUGAAUGAAAAAGUGAUUAGUAUCAUUAGUAGAAAAUGAUAUUCAUAUAAAAAUGAUAACCAUGUCAUUGAAAAGGAAAAAUUCCCUAAAUAUAAAGUUUCUAGUUUUAAUGUCAGGAGCAAAAAUAAAAAUAGUUGCUAUUUCGAUGGAGGUACUAUGUUAUUUGAUUAUCAAACCACAGUAGUACUAUUAAAGCAAAAAAAAGCAAUUGUCAAUUUCUUGAAAAAGAAAAGCAUAUUAGAAUGAAUGGCUCCGGAGCUCUUCAGUUGCAUAUCUUAUCCAUUUCUUUACAUUAGUGCAUCAAUUAUUAAUUUCCAUUCCUAAACCAUAACCCUUCUCUCUGAGACAGCUCUCAGCACAAAGAAUGGAAGAAGCUGCCGCCGCCGCCUUGCUUCAAGUUCUAUUUGAAAGCCUCAAGAAUGAGGUCUCACUUGUUCGAGGUUUCAGACUUGAAGCAGAACAGUUAACUCAGAAUCUGGACAUGAUCCAGAAAUUCUUGAGAGAUGCAGAUAUGAGUUCCGUCUCCGGUGGGGCUGUCAUGAAGUGGCUCGCGGAUCUCGGAAACGUGGGGUUCAAUGCUGACAACGUUUUGGAUGAAAUCAAAUAUCAUCAACUCUCCAAACAUGUCAAGGCGGAUACAAUGAAACAAAAGGUAUUAUCAUGCUUCUCAUUCUGUCUUCAUAUUUCACGUUCUCGAAGUAUGGCUCUUCAAAUCCAACAAAUCAAUCGGAGUUUGGGAUCCAUUAACACCCUGGCGACCGGUCAUGGCCUCACCAUGAGACUUGCUGCUGCACCGGCAUUGGUUUAUGCUGCUCGCGAAACUGACUCAUUCUCUCUUGAUCCAAUUUUUAUUGGAAGAGAUGAGAUGAGGUCAGAAAUAGUUGAACAACUUACCGCUUGUAUCACAACUGAUGAACCUAUUUCUAUCCUUGCCAUUGUGGGAAUGGGAGGAUUGGGGAAGACAACUUUGACUAAGGAAGUCUUCCAUUUUAUCAAAGAAAAGAAUCUGUUUGGGUCACAUAUUUGGUGCAUGUUUCUCAAAAUUUUGAUCCACUCAUUCUUUUCAACAUAAUCGUCAACGGAUUGACUUCUCCUAGUCAAGUCGAAAUUGGGAAUAAGGAAGGUGUUUUAAAAAAACUUGAAGAUGUUUUAAAAAAUAAAACAUAUCUUCUUAUUCUUGAUGAUAUUUGGAAUGAAAAUGUUCUCACAUGGGAAAAAAAAUUUCAUCCCAUAUUGAACCUUAGUUCUAUGAAAGGUAAUGCGAUUGUUGUUACCACCAGAAGUAUGGGCGUCGUUUCAAUUAUGAAACCACUUCAUUAUACCCAUGGGCUGCAAAUUUUAUCAAAUGAAGAUUGUUGGUCAAUUAUCAAAGAAAAAACCUUUGGAAAAGGGAAUGUUCCUUCAGCAUUUGAGGCCUCUGGAAUUAAGAUUGCAGAAAAAUGUAAAGGUUUGCCAUUAGCUGCUAGCGUAGUUGGUGGAGUACUGUAUGGUAAACCUGAAGAUAAAUGGCACUCAAUCAAAGAGAAUUGGCUUUCACGUAGUGAUGAAAAUGAGAUCGCACAGAUAUUGAAGUUGAGUUUUGAUAAUUUGUCUCUACCAUCGCUCAAAAAGUGUUUUGCAUAUUGUUCGACUUUUCCUAAAGGUUACGAAUUUGAAACACAGAAUCUGAUUGAGUAUUGGAUGGGCGAAGGAUUUCUUGAAGCUGAUGGAAGCAGUGACAUGGAAUCUAUGGGAGAAGAAUUUAUCUAUGUUCUUCUACGCAACUCUUUACUGCAAAUUGUAGAAAGAGAUGCUUAUGGAAAUGUGAAAAGUUGUGUGAUGCAUGAUCUUUUGCAUGAUCUUGCAGCUUCUGUGUUAAGAGGUUCUUUUAAGAAAGAUGAAGAUACCCAAGUUCGAUACAUGUUUCUCAAAGAAGAUUCAAGUGCUGUUUUGGAAAAAAAUGAAAAAUAUUUACGCACAUUAUUUUCCAUGUAUUACAUUAAUGAUUACAUGUUCUCAAACUUCGAAUCUCUUCAUGUUUUAACUUUUGGAAGUUGGGAAGUAAAAGAGUUGUCAAAUGAAAUCAAGAAGUUGAUACAUUUGAGAGUUCUUGAUAUUGAACGAACGUCUAUUGAAUAUCUUCCGGAUUGAAUAGGUGAACUCUUUUACUUGCAGACAUUGAGAGCGUGUAAUUAUGAUUUAAAGCAAAUUCCAAGUACUUUGAAGAACUUGAGAAACUUAAGGCAUCUUUAUAUUAAGAAAAAUGUAGAGUUGUUUGCCAAGAUUGGUCUGUUAACUUCUCUCAGGACCCUAAAGUUUUUUAGGGUGGGCGACAAGAAUGGCUUCAAAAUUGAAGAGCUCGGAAGUUUGAAUUGUCUCAAAGGAAAACUGCAAAUUGAUAACCUUGAAAUGGUUUGUAACAAAGAAGAGGCUGAGAAAGCAAAUCUAUCUAACAAGCCAAAAUUAUUGGAGUUGUAUUUGGGAUGGCAGACUGGUAGAGAAGGUGAAACUACAAAUGAUGUGAAUGUGUUGGAAGGCCUUCAACCUCACUCUCGUCUGGAGAAGUUGGAGAUUUCUGGAUUUGCAGGCAGAAGCUUUCCAUCAUGGGCUCGAAAUAUGGAAGUUGAUAAUGGACGUCAAGGUUCUAGGCUACCACUUAACAAGAUGGUUAACAUAACACUCUCCGAUUGCUCAGAAUGUGAAGAAAUCCCAAUGUUUGGGAAGUUGCCAAAUCUCAAGUAUCUUCGGUUGCAAAGAUUGAGUAAUGUGAAGUCCAUAAAUUCUUCGUUCUAUGGAUCAUUGAAUGAUGAGACACGUACUGUUUUCCCAGCACUAGAAGAUCUCGUGUUGGAUACCUUGCCUAAGCUCACAGUGUUGAAGGGAAUAGAAUCAGUGGAUGCAAGUGUUGUCAAUGUAUUUCCUCACCUUCAACACUUGAUGAUCGCGGAUUGCCGUGUGUUGAUGAGUUUUCCUACCCAUUUUGGGUCUUCCCUCAAACAUUUGAAGUUUCGUCGUAUUGGCAGCUAUAAGCCUUUGGCAGACAUAUUUCAUACGGAAUUAACGUUGCUAACAGAUCUCUUUAUAGAGGAAAUACAUGAUGUAGAAAGUCUCCCAGGUUGGCUAUUCUAUAGUAAUCCCAAUCUCUCAAAGUUGGAUAUAAGGCUGUAUUCCAAUUUGAGAGAAAUACCAGAUGGUCUAGGCACCCUCAAUUCUUUGAAAGAGUUGCGCAUAUCGGAUUGCCCAAAUCUGAAACGGAUAGGAGAUCUUGGCGUACAACAAUUACAAGAAAGUCUCAGAUCCCUUACAACUUUGGAGAUCUAUAUGUGCAAGGCUUUGCUGUAUUGGCCAUGUGAAGUGCUUGGUUCCUCACUCAAGUAUUUGGAGUUGGAGGAUUUAAGUAGCCUAGAGAAUCUACCCGAAAUAAUUGCCCGUCUCCCAAAAUCCCCCGUCUAAUACAUUUGGCAAUUGUUGGUGUUCCUCAAUUCAUGACCACUUGUUUUGAUGAGAUUCGGCCUCGUUUUCGUAGCUUGGCAUCGUUAAGAAUAGAUGUCAGUGUGGGGGGAUUAAUGGAGACUGUUAAUUGCAUAUUGCAAGGAUGCAGCUUACUUAAACGCUUAGAAUUGAAGGGGAUGGAAAGUUGGGAAAAUCUGCCGGAAUCUAUUCAACAUCUCACUACUCUUUCUGAGUUAAAGCUGGAGAAUUUUGGAAUGGAAGAGUUUCCUGAAUGGUUGGGAAACCUCUCAUCUCUGAGGGAGUGGCGUAUAAAAAAUUGUAAGAAGUUAAGGCGUCUACCCUCUACGGAUGCAAUGCGGCGCCUCACUAAAUUAAACUUCUUAAGUAUUGAGGGAUGCCCAGAAAUAUGUCCUGAAAAGGCAAGUGAUGCAGCUGAUUCUCAAUGGCCCCAAAUUUCCCAUAUUCCCUACAUCCAAAUUGAUGGACGAUACAUCGAUCGUCGCCGUGCUGAAGAACAAAGCAGAAGGAAAGGUUCGUGUUUGAGUUUGAGUUGCUUCUAAAGAGUGAGGAGGUGAAGGAGUGUGUGCCCAUUAAUUUUCUCCAACAUGAUGUCAACAUUUUCAAAUUCCUGCAGGUAAGAUUCAGUUUCACAAACAACCCCCUAUUCUUUGAUUGUUAUAUAUGAUUGUAUAGUGUGGAUAUAUAUAGAUAUAUAUACUCUUGCGUUAGCACUAGGAUUUUUCGUUGGACUUCGCUAGGUUGUGUUCUUGUUGUGGUGGUGGUGUUGUUGUUGUUGGACUCUUCCUUAUCGUUGUUUGGUUGGAGCCUCUAAUUUAUCAAAAAUUAUAUA